GGCCAAUGGCCCAAAGCCAAGUUGCCAUAUUUGGCUUCAGGGAGAGAAAGUCAACCAUGUAGAAGAAGAGUCAUUCUUGAGAUUUGGGCAUCAGCUGCCAUGAUCACUCGAUGGUUAUUCGUAUUUGCUGUUAGAGUAUGCUGCGCCCAAAGUCCAGGCUUCUCGGGUGUUUGGCACUAUGUGGAUGCACGCGCCGUGGUUUGUCCAGGGGGCCCAGGUAGGUUCUCAAUACCCAUGGAGAAGCCAACAGGUUUUGACAACUUGCCGCACAUUUUCACCGUCUUCCGCACCACAAACGGUGCUGUGAGCCUUGGCUUUGUGGCUAGGGAUGCCGCAGGCAGGAUGGUCACUGACCAAUCGGGUGGCUUAAAUCUACAGCCACAAGGCUACAGAAGGCUUCAAGGUUCCGAUGCAAGCGCGGAGGCGGGGGAGGUGGGUGUUCGGAAGCUGUUGUUCUCGCCCCGCCGGCGUUACUCAUCGCCACGCCGCCGAUACACUGAUUCACGACGCCGGGCCCCGACCACCUCAUCGCCGCGCCGGCGCAUGACGGAUGAGAGGCGACGAUACAUGUCCUCCCCGAGGCGCCGCUACAUGGACUCAGCCCCCAGGCGGCGCUACAUGGACUCAGCCCCCAGGCGGCGCUACUACGAUCCGUCCCCCCGGCGGCGAGCUGCCACAAUGGAAACGCCCCGGCGGCGGGCAUAUUCAUCUGGCCGACGCCGCAGGAGCAGCUUCAGCACCUAUACCAACCCAUACAGCCCCAGCAUCGGGCAGUACGGCUAUAGCCCAGCAUAUGCGACCCAUAAUUAUGGCGGCCACAUGCCUAUGACCACGCCAUACGGCUACUCAGGAGCGAACGCCUAUCAAGGCAGCAGUGGCAGUGCCAUGAAGAUUGCCCUGGCCGGCGGUGCUGGCCUGCUUGCUGGUUAUGCUGCAAGUCACUUUAUGAAUGGUGGUGGUUCAAACCAGUACCAGUGGGGUGGUUAUGAUCAGCAGCAGUUGCUCAACGCACCGUGCACUUCAGGCUCUUGGUCGGGGAUGUGCAACAACUGCGUGUCCCAGUUUGGGCCCAGCAGCUGUGUUGCUUCGCUCACGCCAAAGUUCGACGCCACCCGGGAUGACCUUAUGUCAACUGGCUUCAUUCCUGCCCAGGUAGCAUGGCCAUUGCAGGUGGAGGUGACGCAAAUCUAUGGCCAGGACUUCAACCCUGCGCUGAUCUGCCAACCUCCACCACCUGGCGUGGCACCACCUCCAAUGAAGCAGCUGUUCCUCACCCUGACAGCGCUGCCACCCCCUGGCGCUGGCCCUGGCACACCACCAAACGGUUACCAAAAUGGCCCUGGCUACGCCCCCCCCGGCCCUGGCUACGCGCCCCCUGGCUACCAAAAUUAUGGAGAGCCAAGUUCCGGAGGAGUUGCUGGUGCUUUUGCAUCUGCCAUGUCAAGCUUGGUGGCCUGCUGUUGCUGCUGCGGUCUUUGCGCCUUCUGCUUUUUUCAGUCGAAGAAGAAGCCGAGCUAUGGCAACCCCUCCGAUUCCUCCGAUGAUGAGGGGAUGGAGCUCGCGCAUCAUUCACCAAACCCGUAUUGGGAUGCUGGGACCCACGCGCAGGGCGGUGGCCGAGGCUUCAUGGGCACAUUGGCCCCCAACGGCAAGGCUUGGUCAGAGUAUUGCGUUGGCCAGCCAGAGCUCGGGACGGGCAUGGUGCUGGGCCCGUGGGGCGAAUGCUUGGCCUGGGCUGUGGCCUAUGAGCAUCGAUCACCCGAGUGGCACAAAGAUCCGCAGUAUCGGGAGAUGGGCCCGGUGGGCUCCGUAAUCCAAGCCAUGAUGGAGAAGGCCUCGGACCAGAUGGCUCCAAAGGUGCAAGCAGCCGCAGAGGAACUGGAGGUCUAUUGCAGAGAGGCAGCAGAGCAAGGCAGGCCCCUGCCGGUCAUCAACCAGGAGGUGUGACACCAGGACGCAGCUGCGACGUAUGCGGCGCCUCUUUGGUGCAGCAGUGCAAGAGUUUGUUGCCACAGUUGGCACAUCUGCUGCCUCGCAAACAGAUGUAAAGGGUUGUGGAGGCCGCCUAAAUCUGAAAGGUCGCACAUGUGACAGGAACCUGCCUGUUCCAGGGGCCAGAGGUUCCUGAACCCUGUCUACUCGCUUCAACUGGCAGCAGCUAUGAUUGAAGCUUGCGGCAUGAUGCUCUCAAAGUCGCUGAGCCAACUCACACUUCAAAAUUGUUUUCAUGCGUCUGCGUCAAAGCACGCGGCUCGACUCGCUUGAGCAAAAGCAACAUGGGAUAUAUCAGCAGGCAAAGGUAAGCAAUGGCGUGUUUGCGUGUUCCACCUUGCGGUGAUAGCCGCAUGUUGCACAUUGCUUGUUGCGUGUCAAAACUCCAAGGUCCAAUGGGACAGCACGCAUUUUAACCUGU